CAGCAGAGCAUUUAAAGACUGAAAUUGUCGGUGAUGUGUGCCAUUGCUCUUCAGUAGCUCAAGUGGACUGUGAUCUCACCAUGAAUAUCCAGUGCAAACUUGUUAUACUGAUACUUGCGCUGACUCUUGAUGAUCAAGUUCAUACAGGGAAAAUUAUUGGAGGUCAUGAGGCUGUGCCACAUAGCAGGCCCUACAUGGUGCUUUUGGAGAUGAAGACGCCAAGUGGUAAAACAAAACACUGUGGUGGCUUUCUUCUAAAUGAAGAUUUUGUGAUGACUGCAGCCCACUGUCAAGCCAAGUCCUACACAGUCUUACUAGGAGUGCACAUUUACGGAGAAAAAACUAAUGGCAUACAGGAGAUACCUGUGGACCAAGCAUUUCCACGUAAGGACUACAAUGCAACUGACUUGACAAAUGACAUAAUGUUACUCAAGUUGAGCUCCAAGGCACAUUUCAGCAACACUGUGAAACCCAUUGGUCUCGCAGGUCAAGGUGACAGCUCUCUGCCAAAAUCAUGUAUAAUCUCCGGCUGGGGCACAACAGGCAUCAACAAAGGACAUAUGUCUCAUAGACUCAUGGAAGCCAAUGUAACACUAAGUGAUGGAAAGCAGUGUGUUAAAGAAAACUCAUACUGCUCUCAGGGAGACAUUGGACCGGGUGUGGGAGACUCUGGUGGUCCACUGGUCUGUGAAGAUGGAAAGGCAUACGGGGUGGUGUCCUCCGCCUUCAGUCCACAUGGAGGUGGCCCAAAAAUCUACCAUUAUGCCAAGAUUCCUGACUAUAGAUACUGGAUCGAUUCAUUCAUGAAAUAUAAUGGAAAGCUCUAAUACAUGUUACAUUCAAUUGACCAAAUCCAAUUUGAAUUUACAAUAGACUACUUCAUUUAAAUUGUAUAACACUGGAGAAUUUCAAAAUUGAUAUUUAAGUUGCUGUUAUCACUGGCCGCAUAGCAAUGACACUGCCAAAUAUGCUUUGCACAGAUUUAAAAAUUCAAAAUAUACUUUACUUCAAUGUUUCUAAAUCAUAUCUGUUUCUAAAUCAGUGAAAUUUUCUUUAGGCAAGUUGAACCAAAACUCUGAAAAAAAAAAAUGAUUUGGUCAGUUUAUGUGACAUGUUUUGGCUUUUUUAAGGCACAGCGGUUUUUCUGCUACAGAGGCUACAAAAAUGUUUUGUCAAUGAAAUGUAGGAUAUUCCAGGCAAAUUCCAGGUAUUGCUACAGUUAAAACCAGACAUUUAAGUGUUCACUCAAUGCUGUUUUAGAGAUGUCAUAUCUAUUGAUAUUUAAAUAUAGUAUGUCCUGUCUCUUAAAUACAAUGUUGCAUGUAAGAAAUACAUUAAUGCUCUGUGCAUCUUCUUUUAGACUAGAUUAAAUGAAAACAGAAUCAUUUUAGUUUGUUUUGUACUAAACAAACUUUUGCUUUCUCUG